AUGGCGGAGACAAAAAUAAUCUAUCACAUCGAUGAAGAGGAAACUCCGUAUUUAGUGAAACUGACCGUUUCCCCGGACAAAGUCACUCUCGCCGAUUUUAAGAAUGUCCUCAGCAACCGUCCGGUCAACAGCUACAAAUUCUUCUUCAAGUCCAUGGACCAGGAUUUUGGGGUUGUCAAAGAGGAGAUAUCUGACGACAAUGCCAAGCUGCCCUGCUUCAACGGUAGAGUGGUGUCCUGGUUAGUGCUGACUGAAAGCACACACUCAGACGGCGGAUCUCAGUGCCCAGAGAGCCACCCUGAGCUGCCGCCCCCGCUGGAGAGAACAGGAGGCAUUGGAGACUCCAGACCCCCCUCCUUUCACGCCAAUGCAGUGAGUAGUCGGGAUGGUUUGGACACUGAGACGGGGACAGAGUCUCUCCUGAGCCAGCGCAGGGAGCGGGAGAGGGCCCGCAGGGCACGGGACAACAAGUUCCCCCGGGUAAACGGACACUCUAAGACAGAGCGUGUUAUUCAGGACUCAGCCAUGGGCUACGACAGCACCUCCAUGAUGAGCAGUGAGCUGGAAUCUAGCUCCUUCAUCGACAGUGAGGAAGACGAAGAUGCCAGCAGACUCAGCAGCUCCACAGAGCAGAGCUCCUCUUCUCAACUCAUGCGCAGACACAAGCGCCGGCGACGGAGACAGAAAGUGGCCAAAAUGGACAGGUCGUCCUCCUUUAGCAGCAUAACAGAUUCAACUAUGAGCCUCAACAUUAUUACAGUAACACUCAACAUGGAGAAGUAUAACUUCCUGGGCAUCAGUAUAGUGGGGCAGAGUAAUGACCGGGGAGAUGGAGGCAUCUACAUUGGCUCCAUUAUGAAAGGUGGAGCUGUGGCAGCUGAUGGCCGAAUUGAACCUGGAGACAUGCUGUUACAGGUGAAUGAUGUGAACUUUGAGAAUAUGAGCAACGACGAUGCAGUGAGAAUUCUACGGGAAAUUGUCUCUAAGCCUGGGCCAAUAAGUCUCACUGUGGCUAAGUGUUGGGACCCGUCUCCUCGAAGUUACUUCACCAUCCCAAGAGCGGAGCCUGUAAGACCCAUAGACCCUGCUGCUUGGAUCUCUCACACUACAGCGCUGACUGGAGCUUAUCCACAUUAUGAAUGUGACGACUUACCUCUCUCGGCUGGUAAGACAGACAUGGCCACCAUAGUGAAGGUGAUGCAGUUACCUGACUCGGGUCUGGAGAUCAGAGACCGGAUGUGGCUUAAGAUUACCAUAGGGAAUGCUGUCAUUGGUGCUGAUGUGGUUGACUGGCUGUUUUCUCGAGUGGAGGGCUUUAAGGACCGCCGUGAUGCCAGGAAAUACGCCAGCAGUUUGCUGAAACACGGCUACCUGAGACACACUGUCAAUAAGAUCACCUUCUCUGAGCAGUGCUACUACACUUUUGGAGACUUGUGCCAAAACAUGGCAUCUCUAAACCUCAAUGAGGGUUCCAGUGGUGGUGGUUCUGAGCAGGAUGCUUUAGCUCCACUGCCUCCACCAGGCACAAACCCCUGGCCCCUUGGGGGGCAGCCAUAUCCCUACCCAGGCUACCCAAAUCCACCCUCCAGCUUCCCUCCUGGAUACUCGGACCCCUGCCACAGUUUCCACAGCGGCAGUGCUGGCAGCCAGCAAAGCGAAGGCAGCAGAAGUAGCGGCUCCAACCCCAGCGCAGGGAAAGGACGAAGGCCCUCCCCUCGAGAGAAGGACCAUAAGUUAACAUGCUGCGAAUCAGAGCUGGGCGUGUGGGUGGGGCUUCAGGGCCAAAGAGUGCCGAGCCAGCUGAGCCAUCACAGCCAUACACGCUCCUGCACCAGCCAAGCCUGCUCCAGCCACAGCCACGUCCAGUCCCACCGCAGCCAUGGCCCGGCCCCGCACAGCCACGCCUCUUUCUCAUACAGCCACUCCCCCUUUGUCCAGCCUGCAAACGUGUCCUGCACCCACAGCGAUAGGAGCCACGCCUCCUCCUAUGGACCCCCAGGCCUGCCCCCUCCAUACUGCCUGGCUCGCAUGAUCCCUAAGGCCUCAGCAAGCCAGUCAGGUCCUCCUGGAGCGCCCCCUGUUCGCGACUUAGGGAAUGUACCUCCAGAACUCACCGCUAGUCGCCAGUCCUUUCAACAUGCUAUGGGCAAUCCUUGUGAAUUCUUUGUUGAUAUUAUGUGACAGGACAGUGCCUUUACACUUCCAGAGCACAAGAUCCCCAACCUCUCCUCGCUCCUUUAAAAUCUUGCUACUGACUAUCCCAGCACUGAGAAUGUACAAAUUGACAGCCACAUUCGGGUCGUCCUUCCAACAUGUUUAGGAACAGUUGAGGACGCUAAAAAUAGCACAGUUCCAGAGUUUGACAUAGACUCUUUAAAAAAAUCUACAACAUUGCAGUGGCAGCACAAAUUUGAACAACUUACUGUACAUCCGUAAUGCAGCGUCAGAGAAAUGUUGCUGCAGCCUGGUGCGAUUUACAUUUUUUGGCCUUUUAGCUGAAGUAAAGCUGCUCUUGCUUUAUAUAGACACUCAGUGUUAGAAAUCAAAGAAAAGUGAAAUCCAAACCUUAGACUUAUAGACAUAUAUGACUUAUCAGCAAUCCCACCAACAAAGAUUAAGAUGCCAAGCCAAUCCAAGAAAUAAGUCAUUGCCAAAUAUGAGCAUUGUGGGUUUUUGGAGCUAGUUCCUCUGAGUCAGUAUCCAUUUUAUUGGCCCAGGUAGGAUAGCUUUUGGCAUUUCUGCGUCACAAAUUGCAUGACUGAUAAGGUUUUGUGUAAGGCAGUAGUUGUAAAUGUUGUCUGGAAGUAAUGACUCUUUUGCUGGAAGUUAGAUUCUUUAUCAAGUUUGGUGAUGCGCUCAUGAAGUCAUCACCUUUUUUCCCAGUGACAAUCAGUCAAGCCAUCUAUUUACAGUCUGACCACUCUUUGUCCUACGUGUUGCAGUGUGUGUCAUUGCUGUGACUAAGUAAGGGUGACCACACAUGGUGGAUAAAGACUGAAACUCAGUAUUCGCAGUUCAGCCCCGAAGCUCAUUAUGAAUUUAAAGAUAUACUAGUUGCCAUAUGUGCAAUAAAGCGUUGCUCAACCACUUGACUUUGGACAGUGACAGACAGGUGCCUACAUGUACAUGUUCUGUACAGCAUGAUCACCAAUUGUCUUAUUGUCCGAUUCUCUUACAUUAUUGUAUUGACAAUGGCUUAGGUCAUACUCAAGAUAGACAGGAGUAGGUUAUGAGUUAAAGGGGAAUUCUGCUGAUUUUUUGCAUAUUUCAGUCAUUGAGAUGUAAAUAGUUAUUCAUAGUGGUCUGAUGCAAAAUCCUGCACUGUAGAGAAGCAAACCAACGUUCUUUACAGUGGUGGUGAUGAAAACCAGGGGUAACAAUGGCUUAUAUAUAUACAUAUACAGCUAUUUACUAACAAAAAAUAACCAGUGAACCCCACGGGACUUUCUUAGAAAACUACAUUGCCUUACAACAUUUUGCAUGUAUCCCUCUGCCAUGACUGGAUAUGAAAAUGUUUUAAGCCAAAAUCUUAUCAAAACAUUCUCAUAUAACAACAUGUAAUGACUUUUCUGUGGGAGCUUUUAGAAGCAUUAAACUCUUCAGACGUCUGGUUCCUAUCACCACCUCUGUAAACAGUUCUGACUUAAGUUUCUCUAGAACACUGCAUUUCACAUCAGACCACUCUGAAUCACUUUGUUUACAUGUUAUUGGUUUCAUUUUGCAUCACUAACCUGUCCAGGGUGUAUCCUGCCUCACACCCAAUACCGCUGGGAUAGUUUCCAGCACCACCUGCGACCCUGAGGGAGAAGUGGCUUAGAAAAUGUGUGUGUGUGUGUGUGUGUGUAUGCAUCACUGUUUAAAAAUCAGUGCAAUUCCCCUUUAAAUGAAAUAAAAUGAAUGGAAUGGGCAACCAAAGGCCUCUGGCAGACUUUAAGCUGUGUUAUGCUUUUUAAAGGGACAACUGUUUUAACCUGGAGAUAUUUCUGCUUGUUGUUGUAGGUUUUCUGGUUAAAACAAGUGUUUUUUGUGCAAAAACAUGCAUUUUUUUGUUUUAAAAUGUCCUCUUUCCGAGUCAAUUCACCCCAGUUGUGGUGGGAAAGAAUGAUAGCAUUCUUUCACUUCUUGAAGCACUUUUGAAAUGUACCUGUUUGGCCCUUUAGUAUAAAACACUGUUCGUAA